CCCGCACCGUUCCGGGCGCGCCACCCCCGCCCGCCGGCGCCGCUAGCACAUGCCCGAGCCGCAGCCCUGCGAGCAGGCAGCGCUGGCCCCCCGCCCCGCGGCUCCGGGCCCUGGCUCUGGCGCGGUCCCUCCUCCCGGGCCGGGCGCCGCGGCCCCGGCAUGAGGAGCGGGCGAUGAUCCCCGCCAACGCCUCCGCCAAAAAGGGGCCCGAGGGCAAGUACCCGCUGCACUACCUCGUGUGGCACAACCGCCACCGCGAGCUGGAGAAAGAGGUCCUCGCCGGCCAGGUGGACAUCGAGCAGCUGGAUCCCCGUGGGCGGACUCCCCUGCACUUGGCCACCACCCUGGGGCACCUCGAGUGUGCCCGCGUGCUCCUGGCACACGGCGCAGAUGUGGGCAGGGAGAAUCGCAGCGGCUGGACAGUGCUUCAGGAAGCUGUGAGUACCCGGGACCUGGAGCUGGUGCAGCUGGUGCUGCGGUACCGGGACUACCAGCGGGUGGUGAAGCGGCUGGCAGGCAUCCCUGUGCUCCUGGAGAAGCUGCGCAAGGCCCAGGACUUCUACGUGGAGAUGAAAUGGGAGUUCACUAGCUGGGUGCCCCUGGUGUCCAAGAUCUGCCCCAGUGACACCUACAAAGUGUGGAAGAGUGGGCAGAACCUUCGGGUAGACACCACGCUUCUGGGCUUUGACCACAUGACGUGGCAGCGAGGGAACCGCAGCUUUGUCUUCAGGGGCCAAGACACGAGCGCCGUGGUCAUGGAGAUUGACCACGACCGCCGGGUGGUGUACACAGAGACCCUGGCUCUGGCUGGGCAGGACCGUGAGCUACUGCUGGCUGCUGCCCAGCCCACUGAGGAGCAGGUGCUGAGCCGGCUCACCGCACCCGUCGUCACCACGCAGCUCGACACCAAGAACAUCUCCUUUGAGAGGAACAAGACCGGCAUCCUGGGCUGGCGCAGCGAGAAGACCGAGAUGGUGAAUGGGUAUGAAGCCAAGGUAUAUGGGGCAUCCAAUGUGGAGCUCAUCACCCGGACACGGACAGAGCAUCUUUCAGAACAGCACAAGGGCAAGGUCAAAGGCUGUAAGACACCUCUGCAGUCCUUCCUGGGAAUUGCUGAGCAGCAUGGGGGCCCCCAAAAUGGGACCCUGAUCACUCAGACUCUGAGCCAAGCCAACCCCACUGCCAUCACCGCAGAAGAGUACUUCAAUCCCAACUUUGAGCUUGGCAACCGUGACAUGGGCCGACCCAUGGAACUGACCACCAAGACACAGAAGUUCAAGGCCAAGCUGUGGCUGUGUGAGGAGCAUCCCCUGUCCCUGUGUGAGCAGGUGGCCCCCAUCAUUGACCUCAUGGCCGUCAGCAAUGCACUCUUUGCCAAGCUCCGGGAUUUCAUUACCCUGCGCCUGCCUCCGGGAUUCCCUGUCAAGAUUGAAAUCCCGAUUUUCCACAUCCUCAACGCCCGCAUCACCUUCGGGAACCUCAAUGGCUGCGAUGAGCCGGUGCCGUUGGUGCGAGGCAGCCCCAGCAGCGAGACCCCUUCCCCAGGCAGUGACUCCUCCAGUGUCAGCAGCUCCAGUUCCACAACCUCGUGCCGCGGCUGCGAGAUCUCCCCCGCGUUGUUCGAGGCCCCACGCGGCUACAGCGUGCUGGGCGGCCAGCGAGAGGCCGCCACCCGCGACGACGAUGACGACCUGCUGCAGUUCGCCAUCCAGCAGAGCCUGCUUGAGGCGGGCAGUGAGUAUGACCAGGUCACCAUCUGGGAGGCGCUAACCAACAGCAAACCGGGCACUCACCCCAUGUCCUACGAGGGUCGCCGACAGGACAGGUCAGUGCCCGCCCGUCCUGAGAGGGUUUGGAGACGCCUAUUCCCCCACCUCCCAUACACGUGCACAGAGAACACCAGGGCCCUAUCACGGAGCGCUCCGCCUACGCCGCAGCGCCAGUCCACAACCCCCGCGGGCUUGGCGUCCGUCCCCAGCCCUCGGCCCAGCCCGCGCCCAGGCCAAGGCGGCCACGUGUUCCGGAGCUACGAUGAACAGCUGCGGCUGGCCAUGGAGCUGUCUGCGCAGGAGCAGGAGGAGCGGCGGCGGCGCGCGCGCCAGGAGGAGGAGGAGCUGGAGCGCAUCCUGCGGCUCUCUCUGACUGAGCAGUAGCGCCCACUGCCGGGCCCCUUGGCCACGCCCCGCGGGACCCGCCCCGGAGCGAGAGUCGCCCCUCCUGCGCGCUCUCCGAGCUGAGUCCGGAGACACGAACCGCCGCCUCGGGGGCGUAGCGGCGCACCCGGCACCAGAUGGGGAGGGGUUCGGCCCGACCGUGGGGUACCUUCCUGGAGGCAGCUGGCACGGCCCGGCUCCCCUGCUUUGCUGUAUCCUGACCCCACCCCACUCCCCUGGGCUCUGACCGGUCCAAGGGCGGAGCCAAGCCGUUUGAGGGGGAGACGGUCCUUAGAGGAGCACUGUCUCCAUCCCUUGCUCCUUCUGGCCGGUCCUCCUUUCUGCUCACUGACCCCACUCCAGGACACUGCCCGUGAAGCCUUUGCAUCUCCGCUCUUCACCCCCGGGGCGCAGCUGAGCUCCCCACGUGCUGUGUGGCUGCUUCGUCCUAGACACAAACCAGCACGUCAAGGGCCCAGCUCCUCCCCGACCCCGGCAUUUCAGCGUCAAGUGCACUUAGCGGGGUGCCCGGCUCCCCCAGCCCCCACACCCCUCCCGGGUCUCAGGGUGGUCCCAGCUUCUCUUUGGGUGACCACAGAGGUUGGAGUCCCCAUCCCCAAGGCACGUUUUUGUGAGCAGGGAGGGUGCCCAAGGUGGCCCCAGGUCUGGGCAAGGCCUGGCUCCCUCGUGGUGUCUUGGCGAAUGGGGGGGCAUAGUGGGCGUGGGGCAAACACCAGACUGGACACAGGGGUUGCCCAGGGCCCUGGCACCACCAUCCAUCCCUUCCCACCAGCUGCUGCUAGCCCUCUGUGGUUGUGCAUCCUACUUUCCCCCCACCCAGGGGCUGACUCCAAAACCCUUCAUCCAAUGGUGCUAACCCCCGGCUCUCCCCUGCCCCACCCCACCACCCAGAGAAGCACAGACCCCGCCAGGGGCAGGGGCCCGCUGCACACCCUUGUCUGGGUUCUCUCGGACUGGCCUUCCUGGCUCAGCCAGUGAGGCUUGGAAGGGACACGAAAGCGAUGGAAGAAAACAACAAAGGGAAGCUGUUCCUCUCACCCUCUUCCCUGAUGCCAGGGGCACCAGACUGAUUCUGAGGCACAAAUAAAAGAGGCUUCAAACCCGA